ACCGGGGCGGGGAGCAGUGGCUGCGCUCCCGGGUGGCUGCCUCGGAUGUUUUUCUUGGGGCACCUUCUGCGUGUCCUCGCUGUGGGAGGGGUGCGAGACGAGCGAGAAUCGGCUGGAAGGGUGUCCUUGCGGGACUCUGGGCGCCUGCCUUCAGGACACGGGUUGGCUUCACAUCUUGACCCCUGGGUCCGCGCCCCGUGGCAGCUGGGGUCGGAGAAAGUGAGCUCACGCCGCGCGCCUUCCUUCUCUCUGCAGCACCAGCGGCCCGACGUGCCAGGAGCCGCGAGCCUAUGGAGGGUCUGGGCCGCUCGUGCCUAUGGCUGCGCCGGGAGCUGUCAGCCCCGCGGCCGCAGCUGCUGCUGCUGGACUGCCGCAGCCGCGAGCUGUACGAGUCGGCGCGCAUUGGCGGGGCGCUGAGCGUGGCACUGCCCGCGCUGCUGCUGCGCCGCCUGCGGCGGGGGAGCCUGUCGGUGCGCGCGCUUCUACCCGGACCGCCGCUGCAGCCGCCUCCGCCCGCCCCGGUGCUCCUGUAUGACCAGGGCGGGGGCCGGCACCGGCGCGGGGAGGCCGAGGCCGAGGCCGAGGAGUGGGAGGCUGAGUCGGUGCUGGGCACCCUGCUCCAGAAGCUUCGGGAGGAAGGCUACCUGGCCUACUACCUGCAGGGUGGCUUCAGCAGAUUCCAGGCCGAGUGCCCUCACCUGUGUGAGACCAGCCUCAAUAGCCGUGGUGGACCAAGCACAGCCAUGGUGCCCAGCCCAGUGGUGGGGCUGGGCAGCCUGUGCCUGGGAUCUGACUUCUCCGACGCUGAAUCCGAGCCCGACCGCGACUCCAUGAGCUGUGGCCUGGAUUCGGAGGGUGCCACACCCCCCCCAUCGGGGCUACUGCCCUCCUUCCCAGUCCAGAUCCUGCCCAACCUCUACCUGGGCAGUGCCCGGGAUUCGGCCAAUGUGGAGAGCUUGGCCAAGCUGGGCAUCCGCUACAUCCUCAAUGUCACCCCCAACCUCCCUAACCUCUUUGAGAAGAAUGGCGAUUUUCACUACAAGCAGAUCCCCAUCUCAGACCACUGGAGCCAGAACUUGUCCCAGUUCUUUCCAGAGGCCAUUGCAUUUAUUGACGAGGCCUUGUCCCAGAACUGCGGGGUGCUUGUCCACUGCCUGGCGGGCGUCAGCCGCUCUGUCACCGUCACCGUGGCCUACCUCAUGCAGAAGCUCCACCUCUCACUCAAUGAUGCCUACGACCUGGUCAAGCGGAAGAAGUCCAACAUCUCGCCCAACUUCAACUUCAUGGGGCAGCUGCUGGACUUCGAGCGCAGCCUGCGGCUGGAGGAGAGGCGUGCCCGGGAGCGGAGCAGCGGGGGGCAGGAGUCCACCACCUCUGACCCGCCCUCCUUCUUCACCACCCCCACCAGUGAUGGUGUCUUCGAGCUGGACCCCACAUAGGGCCCUGCCCCACCCCCCAAUGGGUGCUCCC